CAGCCGCCCUACGCGAGAGCUGUUUGCGGCGCCCAAUUCAGCCCGCCCGCGCUGCGCCGACCACUGACCACGCUCCACAUAUUUUGUAUACUUAUCACAUCCCCGAGCGUGUAUGAGACGUUUAUUUGAAGCGAUGACCAAUAAGUUGGGUAAAAGAAUCGAGAAAGUUUGAAGUGUACUAAGUGCUAACGGGUACCGAAGGACUCCCUGACGUUGAAAGCUUUUUUCGCUUCAGUCGAGGAAAAAUGUGUGGAACAGUUUAAAGUAGUUUAUACUGGACCUCAAUGUUCAGGACUCACAGAUUACCAACUCUGACCCAAAAAUAAAGUGAUGUAAUAGUUUGCAGUGAAAACCUUAAAGCGAGGUGUACACAAAGAGUUAGCGCGUUAAAUAAUUCAUAUUUGGAAAUGUGUGUCGAUUAAUUUACAUAAAUCUUUAAAUGAAAAAAAUAUUUACGACUAAUAAGCUGUUCAGUGUAAGGUUCAAAUCUCAAUGUUUGACGUGAGUGGUUAUUAAAGUGGGCUAAAGCCAUGAGUUUCCUGUCAUCAAUUGGCCAGUACGUGGCAGGGGUGGCCGACAGCGUAGCCGGACUAGCGCUGUCUCCCCGCCGCGCGCCCCCCUCGCGUCAUCGUUCUGCGGACGAGCACCAGGCUCAACCACAACCUUCCACAGCCUCUAUGAGGGCUGGAUUCCCUCGUGUGUUGCCGACUGAAGGAGCAUCAGCGCUGAGUGCUCGUCGGCGUACGCUUGACUGUCUUGCCCCUGCCACCCCGCCGCGUCGCGGGGGCUCUCUGAGGGUGCCGCGCCAACAGCAGCCAGUGGAAAAACCUACCAUGGCCUUUUGCAAACGACGUCUCUCCUGGCCUGAGGUUGACAGCUCCGUCAAUUCUGGGGUGCAAGAUACGGACGGGUCCUAUUUUGAGAACUUCACAGCUUUGUCGUGGCGUCACGAGAAUCGACGUCUGUCAGCACUGAGACUGGCUGAGGCUCGCUCCGAGCGUCCGCCACCAGCACCACACGAUCUUGGCCUUCCAAGUGUGUCUGCGCAACUCUCACAUAAGGAACACGAGCAUUUGUACACGGAGGUGUUGUAUUGCAUCGAGAAUGCUGUCGGCGCACCAGCUCCAGGCGGUCAAUUUGCAGCUUACAAAGAGGAAGUAAUAGAGUACGCUCGGCGUGCGUUCCGGGUUGCUCCUGAAGUACAUGCGCGUGCAUUGCGCGCUGCUGGGAGCGAGCGCCCGCCGACUGUCGUGCUCGGCUGCACUGUCAUUGAAGCUGAUGGACUUGAAGCCAAAGACGCUAAUGGGUUUAGUGAUCCGUACUGUAUGCUGGGAAUCCAGCCAGCGUCGUUGCCAGCGUCGCCUCGAGCCUCCGAAGACGAGGGCCGCAAGCAUGGAUUCCGGCUAAGCUUCAAGCGUCGCGACGGAAGGCAGCAUCGAGAUUCCCUGGGUCGACUCCCCGCGCGCUACAUCCGAGCUACCAGUGUCAAGCCUCAUACACUAUCUCCUAAGUGGAACGAAACUUUCAAGUUUGAUAUUGAUGAUAUAUCGACGGAUGUGCUGCACCUGGACAUCUGGGAUCACGACGACGAGAGCUCGGUGUUGGACGCUGUAUCACGCCUGAACGAGGUGCGAGGCGUGCGUGGGCUAGGUCGCUUCUUCAAGCAGGUUUGCCAGAGCGCCAGGCAGGGCAGCCAGGACGAUUUCCUUGGUUCCGUAAACAUUCCCCUACGGGAGAUCCCAUCGACUGGCGUAGAGGCAUGGUACAAGCUGGAAGCCAGGUCUCAGCGCUCUUCAGUGCAGGGUCGCAUCCGCCUGCGGCUGUGGCUGUCCGCCCGAGAAGCGGGCCGUCAUGACGACGAUAACUAUCAACAGGUGCGUCAACAUGAGCGACUGUUCGGCGUGCUUUUGGCACAUGAAGUGGAGACUGCGAAUAAUUCAGCGAGUGAAGCGGAAGGAGAAAGCUGCACAGCGGCUUGGGAAACCGAACUUUGUGGAGCUGCACAGACGCUGUUACACCAGCACGCUGUACAGAGCGACAUGAGCGCGCUACAGGCAGCAAUAGCUCGUUUUGCCGCUGCUUGCAGACUAAAUAGCGAUGCUCCGCUUGACCCUAAAUACAUGUACAAGCUGCUGACAGAGUUAGAAAAGGCGUGGUGUACAAGUGAGAUUACAAGCGGCAGCGGAGACGCGUGCGGUGGAGCGUCGAGAGAUGAAGAGCGCUGGCUGGCUGACUGCUUCGGCGAGUAUGUGGAGCGAGCUUUGCACCAACUGCGACUCCACAGGGAUUUGUAUCCAGUGCUUCACCAUCUUAGCUUGAACAAAUUGGAGUUUUUGUUGCGAUGCCUAAGUCAGCUGUCACAGAUGAAAGCCUUUUGGAGGUGCUGCCCGUUUAACAAGGAAAUUAGGUCUGAAAUCGUGGGAGCAUUGCGCAAAGGCACAGCGGAAUGGUACGAAGCCCUAUGUGCUCAAGACACGGAGUCAGAACGUGGAGAAGACCUGGUGAACCUAAUUACACUGGUUCAGAUCGAUUUGCAACAGGGCCUCACUUACUAUCAUCCACUUUUUGAGACAACCAACAACGUUCCUUACUUCAACGUUGUGUUCACACAAAUAGACAAGAUGGUGUCCGAAGACGUGCGGCAGUGUGUGGACCAUUGGGUAUCUGAAGGUUGGUGCGGAGUCGCCGAGGAAGAGAUCUACGACGACCUAGGAAAUGCAAUAUGCGUAGUGUCGGCAAAGACGCUUCCAUUCGAGGUGUUGGCGACUGUGCGCGAACUGGUGGCUGCGGCUGCGCCGGCGCCACCGCCUCAUCAAUCGCAUGAACCACUACCACAACUUCUUGAGGCUUACUUGUGGUUUGAGCCGCUGAUCGAUCGCUGGCUCGCCGUCACCAAGACCAUGGCCCUGCAGAGGGUGCGCUCUGCCGUGGAACUCGAUCGUCCGGUGGAAGGCGAACAUCUAGUUAAGCACAGCACUUCUUCCGUGGACACUGCCGCAUGCCUAUACCACAUGCGUCUGGUUUGGCGUGCCAUCGGCGGUGCGGAGGAAAGUACCGGAGGGGGCAGCCUGCGCCUACUGGAAGCUGCAUGUGCCACUGCUCUGCACUAUGCUGAUCUCUUGCACGGAACUUUGGCUGAUCAGGGCUAUUAUGAGAAUCAUGGUCAGAACAAAACAACUGAGGAAAUAUGUACGAUCGUCAACAACUUGGAGUACGUGCGCCGCUCGCUGGCCGAGUACGACGAUGAACACAUUAUCAAUGAAGAGAACGCUCGUCAACUGGUGCGCGGUGCGCUGGGCACUCUAGACGCGCGGUCUGCGCGUGCUGCCGCUCCGUUAGCUGCGCGUGCACGUCCCCCGUUACGAAAAGCUGUCUUUCAUCUCGCCUGGUCACCGGAUACGCUGCCUACUCCACAGGCAAUAACACCGUUACUGGAAUUCCUGGAUCAACACCUCUCAUCCUUGAAUACUUGGCUUCUACCUCGCGCAUUCUCGCGAGCUUUGGCUGGUUGCUGGAGUGCAGUUCUUAAGGAGGUGUCGGCUCAGGCCGAUGCUGGUGGUGCAGAAAGACCCAGGGUUUACCAUCAUAGACUGCGAGAGGCACUUGACUUACUUGCUGAAUUCUUUCACGCGGAAGGCAAAGGACUUCCAAUGUCAGAAGUACACAAUGCAGAGUGGCAAAGGCUUGAACAACGAAUGCAGUAUCAUCAAGCUGCUACUGAAGAGUUAUUAGAGCUGUGGCUUGCUGAUCGACUUGCUGAACAGGCUCGUACUCCAAUGCCUUCACCGUACGGUUCUAUUCUUGUCAGGGUUUAUUUCAAUCACGACUCACUCUGCGUGGAGGUUCUGUCUGCUCGUGAUGUCAUCCCACUCGAUCCUAAUGGUCUGAGCGAUCCUUUCGUCGUUCUAGAAUUACUUCCAAAGCGUUUAUUCCCGAAAACUCAUGAGCAAACCACAAACGUCCAGAAGAAAACCUUGAAUCCUGUGUGGGAUGAGUGCUUCGAGUUUACGGUGUCUUUGGAGUCUUGUCGGUCACCACAAGCGGCACUGUCGCUGACGGUAUGGGACCGUGAUGUACUGACAGCUGACGACUUCGCCGGGGAGGCUUUCGUGGCCCUAUCCCGUAUUCCUGGUGUGAACAGUCAUGCGCCGCCUGAUCCGCUACGUCCACUCGAACUGCCACUCAUGCAGUUACAUGAUCGAAGUCACCCUAUUUUACAAAUACUGGAGUCACGAACGGCGGACAAACUGGCGACUGAUUUCGUUAAGAAACAAAAACUGAGAUUUGCUGAACAGUAAAUUUAUUUUGAUGUAUAAUUUUACACAUUUUCUAUUAAUUAUUUUUAUUAAUUUACAUUUACGCACAACGUCCAUAAAAUUCGACAAUAUAUUAUGAAAAAUACUUUACAAAAAGAGAUAUUUUUAAAAUUCAAUUUUGUUUUUUAUAAAAUUAUAUAUUUCUAUUAUUAUACGUGUAUAUUUAAGAUGUCACUACCAGUAUUAUUGUAUUAAAAUACUACAAGACUGUGUAAUUCUUCUAUUCAUGAGAGAAAACUGUAUUGUGAACUUUCAAAAUUUUGUAUGUGUGUAGAUAGAGCACCCUCGGAGCUUAUGUCCCUAGUUAGUCUCUCUUAGAAAUUCCCGACCAAAUACUUUAAGACUCGAUGUUUAUUAUUAUUUCAAUCGGCGUAGGUGUACAACUCACUACACUGUAUAAGAUUAAAGCCGAAUGCAUUUCUUAAAUAAUGAAUUAAAUAUGUAUUACGGCUACCUAUUCUUGCACAAUACUUGCUUGCUUGCGUACUCUGCAUAUUCAGCUUUCAAAGUUUUCUAUAUACAAUUAAUCUACCCUAUACCUCGUAAAUAGUAUUAAAACGGUGUAGAGAUUGUUAUGGUUUAAAUAUACAACUUCAUUCAUACUGUAGUGCCCAAAUAAAACAUUACUAUGCUUGUCUUUCUAUGCUAUAUCGAGCUUUCUACAUUUCACCUAUCCGUCAAACUUUUUGUACUCUAUACAUAGUCUAUGAGGACUGAUUUUCGUCGUUAGCUUUACAUUUAAAAUUUAAAUCCUUACGUGACAAAAUGUUCAUUGUGUAUACAAAUUUAUAUGUAUUAUUUAUUCAUAGAGAAAUAUAUUAUAUUGAUGUUUAUUAGUAAGUGAAUAUAUUAAAUAAAAAUGAUGUAACAAUGUUGUAACAAUUAGUAUAACAUAAUCAAUCAUUACAUAGAUGUAAAUCAUAACUAUAAUAAGGAAUGAGUUUCAAUCGAGGAGAAAAUGUAUAAUUCAAAAUGCCUGAAAGAUUGUUUUAAGCGGUCGUAAAAAGUCUACAAAAACAUAAACUUACAUUUCUAGUCUUUUAAAAGUAAAGUAAUCGAUCUUUAUCAAAAAUCAUAUCCCGAACAAAUCUCAUAUCACUAAAAUGCU